GCGGCGGCGCGCUUCCCGGAACAGCCCGCGGAGGGCAGCACGGCUAGAACCCACCCGCGGCCGCAGCUCCCGCGCGGACAUGGCUGCGGAACCCGGGGAGCGGGCGGCGUUGGCCAUGCGCGCCUGACAGGUGCGGAGCAUGUACGGCAAGGCGGGCAAGGGCUGCGCGCCCUCGGACGGCCAGGCGCGCGAGAAGCUCGCGCUGUACGUGUAUGAGUACCUGCUACAUGUAGGCGCACAGAAGUCGGCUCAGACCUUCCUGUCCGAGAUCCGCUGGGAAAAGAACAUCACCCUGGGCGAGCCCCCUGGCUUCCUGCACUCCUGGUGGUGUGUCUUCUGGGACCUCUAUUGCGCAGCACCAGACCGCAGAGAAGCCUGUGAACACACCAGUGAGGCCAAAGUCUUCCAGGACUAUAGUGCCGCAGCCCCCAACCCUGUGAUGGGCGCCAUGGCCCCUAACGACGCGAUGGGGGCACCAGGCUUCUUCCAGCCCUUCAUGUCAUCACGGUUUCCAGGGGGUGCCCGGCCCACGCUACGGAUGCCAGGACAGCCUCCUGUGGGCCUCCCUGGGUCCCAGCCCAUCAUCCCUGGUGCCAUGGACCCCUCCCCACGCGCACAAGGGCACCCCAGCCUGGGAGGCUCCAUGCAGAGAGUGACACCUCCGAGGAGCAUGGCCAGUGUUGGGCCCCAGGGCUAUGGAACUGGCAUGAGGCCCCCACCCAAUUCCCUUGCAUCCAGCCAGGUCCUGCCAUCCAUGAACAUGGGUCCGGGGGUGCGUGGCCCGUGGGCCAGUCCCAGCGGUAACUCGAUCCCCUAUGCUUCCUCAUCUCCUGGCAGCUACACGCAGGGACCCGCAGGAGGAGGCGCCCCCGGAACACCCAUCAUGCCCAGUCCUGGAGCCCCUGCUGUCCCCCCAGACUCCACCAACUCCAGCGAGAACAUGUAUACCAUCAUGAACCCCAUCGGGCCGGGCGCCGGCAGGGCUAACUUCCCGCUCGGCCCCGGCCCCGAGGGCCCAAUGGCCUCUAUGAGCGCGAUGGAGCCGCACCACGUGAACGGAUCCCUGGGCUCGGGCGAUAUGGACGGGCUGCCGAAGAACUCCCCUGGCGCCGUGGGCGGCCUGAGCAACGCCCCGGGGACCCCGCGCGACGACAACGAGAUGGCGGCCUCCGGGACCUUCCUGCAUCCGUUUCCGAGCGAAAGCGUAAGCGCCUGCGUCGACUCCCCACCCGCGGCCGCGGCGGGCCGGAGGGGCCUGGCGGGCAGGCCCCGGCGGGGCGGCCGCGGGGCCAGAGCAAGACCGUGACCGCGGCGGGCCAGUACUCCCCCGGCAUGACCAUGAGCGUGUGAUAGCCCUGGUCUGCGCCCAGUGUCCUGCUGGCAAGGUCUGGGGUCGCACCCCACCCGGACUCCUGGCCAGCUCAGCCUGGAUGGCCGGCAGGGACCCCCACGAAGGACUUUAUCAUUUUCUAAACACACACGCACGCACACGCACACAGUGCAAGGACCUCAGAGAAGGGCAGGCCUUCUGAACUGUGCGCUGUCACGGGGCUGGGGGGGGGGGCUCAGCCAAUAAACACCAUUCGAUUUUGUCUUUUUGGUA